AUGGGUCAAUCAACCUACCAGUCCGUCGUCCUUGCCAAACGUCCCACAUCUCUCAUCGUCCCCGGCGAGACGUUUACUAUGAAGGAGCAUGAAAUUGUAAAGGCCGAAGAUCUGAAGGAUGGCGAAGUCCUCGUUGACACGCUAUACCUUAGCGUCGACCCCGCCAUGAGGGGCUGGUUGAACGACACACGAUCCUACGUCCCUCCGUUGAAAAUUGGCGAAACAAUGCGCGGCGCCGUGAUCGCGAAGGUGGUUGUCUCGAAGUCCUCAAAGUUCUCCGCAGGCGACUACGUGACGUGCUACACAGGCUGGAGGGAGCAGGCGGUCGCAAAGGAGAAGGACCUCAUGCCGCUUGAGGUCCCGGCUAACGGACAGCUCACUGAUGCGUUAGGAGCUCUAGGCACGACUGGCCUAACGGCGUACUUUGGCAUCAUCAAUAUUGGGAAGGUCAAGGCUGGCGACUUUGUCGUUGUCUCAGGCGCGGCAGGAGCGACGGGGAGUGUUGUGUGCCAGAUUGCAAAGUUGAAGGGAGCUAAGGUCCUAGGUCUUGUAGGGAGCGAUGAUAAGGUAGAGUGGCUAAAGGAGCUUGGCUGUGAUAGGGCGCUUAACUACAAGGACCCGAACUUCCCCACUCAGUUCAAGGAGGCAACGAAGGACUUGAUCGACGUUUUCUUCGACAACGUAGGAGGAGAGAUCCUUGAAUUAGCUCUGUCCAGAGCUAAGGCUCACUCUAGAUUUGUUAUGUGUGGUUCUAUCAGCCAGUACAACAGCGCAAAUCCGACAGGACCAAAGAAUAUCUCCAUGAUCAUCGUGAUGCGCAUCCGAAUGGAAGGGUUCAUCGUCUACGACUAUGCUAAUGAGUUCCCGGCUGCGCGUAAGGAACUCGCACAGUGGCUCUCAGAGGGCAACUUGCAGCGCAAGGAGACAAUCAUCAAGGGAGGACUUGGCGCCGCUGAGAAGGCGCUACUUGCUUUAUACGAGGGACUCAACACCGGGAAAUUACUCGUUGAAGUUAAGGCAGUGAACGCUAGUGCUGGGUUGAGGCUGUAA